CGUCACGGCUGUCGGUGACGUCACGCGUUAACGUGGCCGCCGUGUUUACUUGUCUUGUGACGGGAGGAAUGGGGGACCAUAUCGACUGAGCAUAAUCAAGAUGAGGUCAUACCAUAGUCUUGAAGAGACAUCUAAAUGGUAUUCAGUAGUGGGUAAUGACGGCCAGACGGAGGCGAGCGGGGUCUGAGUCUUAUGUGGAGGAGCCAUCAGCCCCUGGAGCACCUGUGUUUCUCAACCCCAGCACCCACCCUCUCCAGCUCCAGCCCGACCCAACACAGACAGCCUACACUUUGUUUCCUCAGGUUGUCAUUGGUGGCAACAACAACAACGGACCAAAUUGGGGAUCACAGUCAAACGACGCCUACCAUAAGAAGACUGAUUCAGUAGUCCCAAACAUUGGAGAGCAGCCAGGAGGACCAAAGCCAGCUCAGAGCACUUACUCCUGGUCCUCACCCCGUCCCCAGCCUUCCAGUUACGCACUUCAGGAGAACAGCCGUACCCCUGAUUGGUCAGCCGGAAACUCUUACCUGCCUUGUGUAGAAGAGACUGAGAUGGCAUCCCGUGACCGGACACAAGAAUUUAGCCGCAUUGUGCGCUCCCAGCAGGGGAGCAGCCACAAUGGUUCCAUCCCCCACCGGGACAGUAAGAGACCCAGGGACUUGCGGCAGUAUCAAGAUUUUAUGCAGAGAUCCAGAUUGAUAGGAAGGAAUAUAUCUAGCACAUAUGCCAAGUUAGAAAAAUUAACUCAUCUGGCCAAGAAGCGAUCACUCUUUGAUGACAGCCAUGACUGUGAAAUUCAAGAGUUGACUGGCAUCAUUCGGCAUGACCUCUCUUCCCUUACCAAGCAACUAGGUGACUUGCGCACCCGCUCCUUAGCUGCCUCACAGGGUGGAAAUAGCGCUCACAUGCAAAAGCACUCCUCUAAUAUGGUGGGGACACUCCAGACCAAGGUUGCUUUGAUUACACAGAAAUUCAAGGAUGUUCUGGAAGUUCGUACAGAAAACUUGAAGAAGCAGGCUGAGCGACGUGACCACUUCACAGGUGGGGUGGUGAGUGGUGAGCUUCCUCCGGGGGCCAUUGCAGGCCACCACCAAGGGUCAGUGCUACUGGCAGAUGAAGUGGCAGCAGUAGCUCACACUCCUGGCAGGGAUGGAAGUCACUCUGGAGGUGGAGAGGUGGCCAUCAACCUAGGAAGUGGCAAUGCGUAUCACCAGCAGCUACAGUUGAUGGAGGAACAGGACACCUAUCUACAGAGUCGAGCUGACACCAUGCGUACCAUAGAGUCUACAAUUGUGGAAUUGGGACAGAUGUUCACCCAGCUGGCCACCAUGGUUAAAGAACAGGAAGAACUUGUACACAGAAUUGAUGCCAAUGUGGAUGAUGCAGAGAUGAACGUGGAAGCAGCCCAUCAUGAACUUCUUAAGUAUUUCAAGUCAGUCUCCUCCAACAGGAUGCUAAUGAUCAAGGUGUUUGGUAUAAUGAUUGUCUUUUUUGUAAUUUUUGUUGUCUUCAUGGCCUGAGCAUUACGUUAUAUAGUGCCCAAGAUCUUUUAUUGAAAUUCUACCUUCAUAUUUUAUAUUCUUGUCUUGUACAUGCACUAUUUUAUGUCUAACAGGCAUACCAAGAAGUGCCUGCUGAUUAUGUAAAAAGUCCUGUGAUAUUUUUUUCUUCUGGAGUAGAGUCCUAUAUAGUUUCCGUGGGUAAUGACUGUGAGGCUCCAAAACAAAGAUCUGAGGUGAGUUAUCCUCUGAAAAUUGUUUGACACUGUUUUUAUGUCACAGAAAAUGUUGUGAAGAUUAUAUUGUUAAACCCAUUUCCAUUCAGAUGUUUAUUAUGUAUAUGAUAUUUAAUCUCUACCAUUGAAUUUCUAAGUUAUAUUCUUAUUAUUGUCAUUAUUAUUCUAUAUUUACUCUGUAUCCCACACCAACCAUUUAGAUCUUAGGGUUCUAUUGGAAUUAUUUAUAUAUGGAAGCUUAAACAAUAAAAAUCAUUAUUC